AUGAAAGAACUAGGGGAAGUUAGUUGCGAGGUAAUUCAACAUUCCCAAUGGGGUUUCUCUUUUUUAGUCUUGAAAAUAUACCGCUUAAUUAUUGCAGUAUUUAUUUCUAUCAUGUUAUCAAGGAUGCCACUCUUGAUUUAAUAACAAUGUUGCAGAUACGCAAUGUUAUGGAUAUUCAGCACUCCAUAACCAAGUGUUUAAAUAAUGCAGAAGGAGAUGACAGCGGGCCAUCAAAUGGUCCACAAACAUAUAACAGUCUUGAUGGUGUUUAUGGAGGUUUUCUAAAUGAUGCCACGUAUGCUUGGUUAAGUUACGGUUGUCACUUGGUGGUUCUUAAUACAAAAACUGGUGAAAGUACCAGUUCGUGGACCUUUAGAGCAAAAAUCACUUGUGUCUGUCAAUUUCCUGCCCAAUGUGGAGAAUUACCUUUACUUCUUGUUGGCUUAGACAAUGAAGCAAGCAGAAUUAAAGAUUCUGUGGGCUUAUUGUGCAUUUUUGAUUGCACAUCCUCUCGUGUUUUGAGAGCUAUCAAAAUGCCAGCUGGUGUAGAACAAGUUUGUAUUGUAUCUGGUGGAACAGAGUGGGAAGAGUUUAAUGACAAAAGACCAGACAAUAUUCUUAUGCAAAUGGAUGGCAUAGCUUGUGUAGUAUUACGUAAUCUUCAUCAUCUGAUGAUUGAUCUUCAGAGAUCUACUUGGGAAGUACCUGAUUUAUCUGUUACAAUGGAUGAAAUUUCUCCAGCCGAGAUACAGUUUCUAACAACGAAAAAUUCUUUUCACAGAGACAAUAGCAAACACAUGACUUGUAAUUUGUUAACUCAACGUAUAGAGAAACACAUUGGUUUUAAUAGAGAAGAUUUUGAAUCAAACGCUUUUUUAGCUGAAAAAUUAACGAAUACCAUAAUCAGUUCAACAAAAAUUGGUUGUUUAAUAUCAGGAUGUUUAGGCAGAGUAAUAAUAUGGCAGAACGAUGGCUCCGUAGGUUGGAUUAGCACACCCGUGGACGAAACUAUGAUAAUAACGCAUUUAGCAUUAUUAGAGCCAACAGAUGAUCCUAGACCUUUCUAUUAUUUGUGGGUCGUUUUUCAAGAUGAUUCGUCUAAGGUGCCUCCCCUUUUGAGAAUGUUUGCCUUAUUGUUCGAACGAAAAUAUUGUGACAGGGGAACCAAUUUAUACUUCAAUCUGGAAGCAGAACCUGGCCUUAAAUUCGAGAUCGAGUUAGAUCCAAAAGACAGAGUGGUUAGUCUGUCUACAAUCGAAAGAGGAAGCAGUUUGGACCAAACAGAGUCAGAAUGUAGAAGAGGGGAAGAUAGUCUGCUUCUGAUUUCAACUGCAAAUAGAACUUUGUUAUUUGAUUUGAAUCAAUGGUACAAGGAGCAAAUGCCUCAAACCAUCAGUGAAUGCAAGAAUCCAAAUAGCAUAUUGGCCUGUUAUAAUACAAGCCACAGGACUUGCAAUAUAAACGGCAAUGAAAUAAUAAGUUGUAUCUACAUUCCUCAUACUCUGCAAGAAUUUCCUAAUAAUAGUUCAAACUCAUCGGAAGAAUUAUUUUAUCCAAAUUCGUUAUCUUUCGAAUGGAUAGAGUUAAGUUUGUCGAAAUUAAUAUUUUGGCACACUAGAGGUGUUCAAGCCGAAUUACUUCGCGAAAUUGCCCUUACAGGGCCUAUUAUAUUAACGCAGCCAUCUGAAAUAUUUCACAAGUGUCUCUCUGCUGGUUUGACUCCGUUCAACACGGAAAUUUCAUUUUCUAGCGAUCAUAAUGCUCAGAGGGAUAUGUUAUUGUCCCUUUGUCUGGAGCAACGUUGGGCGACCUUUCUGAUCAGGUGUGCCAAAGAAUGGUCAGACGGAAGUGCCGCGUAUAUGUAUCCAAGUUUCUUGAAGUGGGGAAUACAGCGCGCGUCUUCCAUAAAAAUGAUCGCUGACCGUCUGUGCGUUCCUUUGUUCGAUCAGUCGGGUAAUAACAUAGGCGAAUCCGAAGUAAAAACAUUGAGAUUUUGUUACCAGCAAUUAGAGUGUCUGUCCAAUGUAGUAGCUAAGUUACCUUUUGAAACGAGCAGUUUGAUCAAGCAACGAAGAGCAUUGAAACGAGUAUCUAUGUAUUUUCAAGUACUGCUAUGGUUUUACGACGUGGGUAUGUUACCUGAAACGGAAUAUGUAGAGGAGAAUACUUUGCCAAUCUCUCUUGCUCUGAAAAUUCCAUAUCCAUUCGAGAAACUAUUUGCCCUAUACAAAGAGAAACGAGAAUCGAUUAAAAACAAUAAUCCAAAAGAAGAAAAUGAGGAGGUGCUCUUCAUAGACGAACUGAUAAAUCGAGAGUGCCCUGCCUUGAAUCUACAGUGGGAAAGAGAAGCUGGAGAUGUAAAUACCAACGGUUAUUAUCCUCCACCUUCCUUGCAGUCGUUAUUGAGAUGUUACUUGACUGACUGUGAUCAGUCAGAAUCGAAUGAGAUUGAAUGUAAACAUCAGAUCACCAUAUAUCUUCUAAUGGACUUAGCUACGUUGUUUCAGGGGUCAUAUCCUGGAGUUGAUCAACUGAUAAAGUAUCCUUCCUCCUUCAAGAUGAGUCCCAGCCUCAUAAAACUCACCCAAGCAUUCUGGCUUCUUGAUCACGAGGAUUACCAGGGUUUCUUGGACAUGAUGACUGGUCAAUUAGUCAGCGAUUCUGAUGUCAAAGACUGGCAUCAUAAACUCGUACUAAAAACAUUGAUAAGAAAUAAUCAGCAUAAGUUAGCUUUGAUGUAUUUACGCAUAAAGAAGCCUCCUUUGUCGUCUAUUCAGGAACAGAGCACGCUAAUAAGUUUAUCGGUGGAGCAUGGCUUGGUUCAAUCUGCUUUCCAUCGUAGACCACAGUCACAUUAUACACAAUUACUAAUGUGCUUCUUUCAAGCCUGUAAAAAUUAUGACAAACUCGGUGAUAUUUUACAUUUGGCUCUGGAUUCUGAAGAGGAAGAAAUGUUCGUCAAGUUUUUGGAGGACUCCAAGUCCGAGGACAUAAAAUUAUUGUAUUAUUUGCAACGUUGCCGUUACAUGGAAGCCAAUAGUGGCAACUCUACCACUUUGUCCGGUACUAUUAGCUCAAAGAAUGUACACUUUGAUAUGUUAAACGCUUACAAUGCCACUUUGCCCGACGUGGUGAAACGAUUUUCCAUAAACAUGGAAAAAACGAAUCUGGAUACGGAUUUAGAACCCAGAUAUCCUAGACCUAUGACGCACAACAAGAGCGUUCAGAAAACCGCGAGUAUUUAUGAAAUGGUCAUUAAGAAAGCAAGGGAGACCUAUCUCAGAACGGAGAAGUCUGUAAUUCCGUUCGUUACUGCUCCAUGCGCCACGCUGAAGACAUGCAACGAUAAGAUCAAUAUAAAUUGUGUAAUGUCUCCCAAAGUAAUACAAGUCAAUAAGAAACGGACUUUGGAGGAGGUAAUGCACGAUGAAGAGAACAGUGGUAUGAGAACGCCGGAGAGAACAAAGCGUAGGAAGUUACUGGAUGAUGGUGAGGCAGCUUUGAGCGCUGCAUUCAGUACACCAUUGGUAAAACGAAAAAUAUCCAGCAACAGAGAUACUCCGAUUGAAACCCCGCACUCUAUUCUAAAAAUUCGACAGCUUAUAAGAUCGUCUACGUCUCCGACUACUGCUAGCGUGCAAGAUGAGAUCACGGAUAGUCCGUUGUUGGACAGGGAACGUAAAGUUAAUCGACAGAUACGAUUUAAUAUUGGUCAGUCAAAGAAGAACAGUUCCCAUGACGAAGAAGAAAAUUUUUCCAAACUUAACGCUCCUGAAGAAAAUGAAGAGAUAUUCGUGAGUCCAGCAACGAGUGAAAAAUGUCUGAUUGAGAGUACAGUUUUAUCUGACAAUAGUUACACUUGUAAAAACGUGUACACAGCUCGGCCCAGACCGAGUCUUAGAAGGACCUACCUACAAACUUCGACAGAAUCCUUAAACGAGUCUUUGGCCAACUGUUCUAGUACAAGAAAUUCUGGAAACUCUCAUUUGAACAUUCCCCCGACAGAUAGUUGCUUGUUAAAAGGCACGCCACAAGCAUUCAAAAGAUUAUCUACAUUAUCUUCCUCUACUUACUCUCCUACAAUACUUUCUCCAACCAGCAGCUUCGAAACAAAUGUCCCGCAGAGAAGGUUCAGUGAGACUAGGCAACAAAAUAUUAACUGUAAUUUCCCCGUGGCUUCAACACCCUCGAUAAAGGGUUCCACGUCCGGAAAUCGUGAUUCUAAUGAAUCAGUUGACGCAGAAGUUGCAGAGGACAUUGUGCCAGAAGCAUUUUGUGAGAGUAGAGAAAACGUCUUGGUUAAUAUACACCAGUCAAAUCAUUUAGAACUUAACGACAGUAACAGAUUACAGGAAAAUGUAAAAAGUAAAUAUACAAACAGGGAUCUCUCGAGUUCUAAAGUCUUGGAGAAUGUUAACAAAGAUAACGAAGAGAACGAGGAGAAAAGUCUUUCUGAUGUUUCUAACAACUUGAGUCAUUCGGAGGGCAAAAAUCAGCAUCAUCGAUCGUUUCAUGAAAAAUUGCAAAACCAAUUUGGGCAGAAUGAGAAACACAUUAGUUCAAAAAAUGGUGAACUUUUCGAUAUUACUGACGACGAAUCUUCAAAUAGCAGCGACGAGGUAUUCCUAGUUUUGGACGAAGAGGAGAACGCAGAAACGCAGGAAAUAAAAACGACACCGACAGAUACAAACAUUCAUUUCGACACCUCAAAUAUUACAGACGACGAAUCUAAUUCUAGCAUAGAAAUAUUAGUUGACCAUCAGAGGAGUACUGCACACGUAGAUAAGGAAGAAAGUAUACGUAACCAGUCUAAGCACUCCGCAAAAGAGGAAGAAGCUGAAGAGAAACGUGAAACAAAGGAGGAGUCGAGACGACUUGAUAAUAACAACUCUAAUUGCAGGAAAACAAGAAGAAAUUCGGCUCGAAGUGAUUCAUUAGGGCAUAAAGACAGUGUCAAUAUUUCUAGUUUAGACUUCGAAUCGCCAGAAGUCACGCCUAGAAUGACCAGGUCACGUAGAGCUUUAUCUAUAUCGAAGGAAACUAUAAAUUCACCUUCCAAGGAAACUUUAAAUUCACCCUCCAAGAUUUCUGUGAAGACAUCACGAUCGAGACGAGCCAGUUCGCUGGUGAAAGAAGUAUUAAUCGCGUCAGUAGUAGCUACAGAUGAAAAUGUCAAGCAAACGAGCUCUUCCGGAUCAUCUGGGAUUUCGUCACCAAGGAAAACCAGGGGCAAGAGAGCAUCAUCUGUGGUUAAGGAUGUUUCUGUAGAGACAGAAAGCGAGGAAGCCAGAACUCCAGUAAGAAGGAGCACAAGACGUUCUGCCUCUGUGCAGAAGGAGCUGCCAGAUUUGGUUAAACCCUUGACAAAGAACAACGAAACACUGUCGACGCCAAGUUUAACACCAGAUGAUGAGAAAAAAGUCCAAACAGAGACUAAGAAUUCAAAGACCAAACAAUCUGUAGGAGGAGCAAGGAAAUCGAGCACAAUCUCAACGAGAUCAAGAAAGAAAUCUGGAACAACUGAACAGGAAGUGGAAGAGUCUAGUAUUACCAAGCCAUCAAGGAAACGAAGCAGUUCAGUUCCUAAGGAGUCAGUCAGCAUGAUAAGAACUCGAAGCUCUAGCAGUAUAGCCAAGGAAGUUAUCUCAGAGGAGUUUGAACCAUCAGAGUCAAUGAAAGAACAGUCACAGUAUUUAGUGGCAGAACAGAUAAAAAGUAGACCAGCCGCCAACACACGUAGUCGUAGAUCGUCAAUUCAAUCAAUACCAGAAGACCUUGAGGAAAUUUUAAGUAUACCACUGAAAGAGAGAGUCUCUGCUGGAAGUAAGAAACAGGAAACUGCGCAGAAUUCUCGACGGAGGAGAGCAGCAAGUGUGGAACUAUUUCAAGCAGAAACAAGUAGAAAAACCAAAACCACUCAUGGUAAAGAAAUCUGCAAACAGACAAUAAUGGAAGAGGAAAUGAUGGAAACUAUGAGCCCAGUAGAUUAUUCUAAUUCUAAGAAUGCAUCUGUAAAGAGAAAGCGCGGUGUGUCUGAAACAGCUGUUCAAGAAGCGAAUGAAGCGACACCAAAAUUAAGAAGAAGUCGAAAACAACCGGCGAAACAAGAUGCUAAGGCAGCUAAUGAAUUUUCAUUUUCACAGCCAGAGAAAACGGACGAUCAGCCAUUGGAUCAAAAAGGAUAAAUGACUCCAUUCCGAUUUUGAGCGAAGAUAAGGAACAGAAAGAGAACGAACAAGAAACACAGAAUAACUUACGAAAGAUCAUAGAGGUGGAAAAACCGGAUCAUUAUUAUAUACACCGCUGUAGAAUGAAGUUUGUAUUACCCAAGAGAUCAAAGAGUACAACAAAUUAA